CUCUGAGAAUCAAUUACACAAUGGAGAAGCUGAAAUUAGAUUCGGCGUUGCCAUCAAUUGUUGAUAAAGAUCCCAGCUCAAAAGCAAAGAGCAGAGCUCACGGUGUCCGCCGCACGCUCAUCUGGGCAUUCAUACCCUUCGCCUUCAUCUAUCUCACUUAUUUCCACGGCACCUGGCGAAACAGCUGGACAAACUCACCGGCUCUCAAUUAUACAGCCCAAUGUCUCCAGCCCGAUGCUUUAUUUCCCAAGGACACUCCAGAAUUGAUCAAAGCGUAUGAGUUCAUCUCCUCUCCCACAUUCCGCAACGCCAGCAUCAAGCGGCUUUCCGGUGCCGUCAAGAUCAAGACCGAGACUUUCGAUGAUCUUGGCGCCAUUGGCAAGGAUAAGAGAUGGGAUGUCUUCUACGGCUUUCACGAAUAUCUCGAGAAGAUUUUCCCACUCGUGCAUUCGAAGCUGAAAGUGGAGAAAGUGAACACGCAUGGCUUGCUGUAUACCUGGGAGGGAAGCAAUCCCGAUCUGAGGCCUACGACUUUGCUUGCUCAUCAAGAUACGGUUCCUGUGCCUGUUGAUACGAUCCCCGCAUGGGACCACCCACCCUGGAGCGGCUUCUAUGACGGCAAGUACAUCUGGGGCCGCGGCUCAUCCGACUGCAAGAACCAACUGAUCGCGACGCUCGAGACCGUCGAACUCCUCAUCUCAGCCAACUUCGCCCCAAAACGUACCCUCAUCCUCGCUUAUGGCUUCGACGAAGAGACCUUCGGGUAUCACGGGGCAGGCAACUUAUCAGCCGUACUGCAUUCACGCUACGGCGACGAUGGACUUGCUGUUAUCGUUGACGAAGGUGCAAGUUUCGAAUCAGCGUGGGGAACUCUCUUUGCAAAGCCUGGUGCUGCUGAGAAAGGGUCGACGAAUGUUGAGAUUACUGUCCGUUCGCCGGGUGGCCAUUCGUCGAUUCCGAGGGACCAUACCAGUAUUGGUAUUUUGAGCGAGUUUAUCUACCUGAUUGAGAGCACACAAUAUCCUACCAGGCUGUAUGAUGAGAACCCGUACUUCACGCAAUUACAGUGCGGUGCCGCUUAUUCGCCGGAGUUUGAUCCGAAACUGAAGAAAUUGCUUGAUCAGAGGUUGCUGGAGCUGGAGAGUGGGGAGAAUAGAAACACGUGUGCGAAGAAGAGUGAUGCUCUUGCUUUGGAAGCUGCCAAACAGGGGCCUGAGAUCAAGUAUCUGUUACAGACUUCACAGGCUGUGGAUAUCAUUUCCGGUGGAGUGAAAGUCAAUGCUUUGCCAGAACGAGCUCAGGCGAUUGUCAAUCAUCGUGUUAAUGUCGGCGAAACCGCCCAAGCAGUAUUCAUCCACCUCACCCAAAUCGCCUCCCACAUUGCCACCAAGCACAACCUAACCCUCCACGCCUUCGACGGAAUCGAAGCCCCCUCCUCCCUAACCCUAACGCACAACGACGUCCUCGCCCCCGCGCCAGUGACCCCCUCCCACCCACACAACCCAUCCAAUCCCCGACUCCAAACCCCGUACUCCGUCCUCGCAGGUACCAACCGAGCGAUAUACGGACCGAAGAUCAUCACUACGCCCGGGAUCAUGACGGGGAAUACGGAUACGCGGUUUUUCUGGGAUUUGACGAGGCAUAUUUUUAGAUUUGCGCCGGGGUGGGAUGGUGAGGAGGAGGGAUUGGGGAAUAUACAUACGGUUAAUGAGAGGGUUAGUGUGAGGGGGCAUGUUAAUGCUGUGAGGUGGUUUAUGUUGUUUGUGAGGAAUUUGGAUGAGGCGGACUUGUGA